CUUUUACUUUUAGUUUCUUAACGUAAAAGUAAUAUAGUUGUGAAAUAAUACAAAGUUUCUCUUUUAAGAAGUUGGUUUAUUGUUGCUAUUUUUAUUAAGUAAGAAAUAAAUGUCAAUAGAAAAGAACCAUGCAAUUGCAACAAUAGCACUUAGUAGCAUUGAAUUAGCAAUUGGAGUAAUUGUAUCAAUUGCAUCAUUUGUUAUAGCGGCAAAAGCGAAUAUUGACAUAUUCAUGCAACCAUAUUGGGCCGGACUCAU